GUUCACCAUUUCAACUAGAACACCUCGACCUUUCCUCUUCUUCCAGGCCAGUUCUUUGAUUCACACUACAAUUCUAAAGCAUUCUCUUGACUCGCCAAAGUCUACGUUUAUUUCAACAUGAAGGUGAUCGUCUUGUUAACGGCACUGGCGGCUUGCACUGCUGCAUUGCCUGCUAUUCCUCAUUCAGGUCAGGCUCAAACCAGCGCAGAUGAAUCCUACCUCCCCAUGAGGAUACGGGCCGAGACCAGUGCCGACGAGUCUUAUUUGCCGAUGAAGAGGGCCCAGACCAGCGCCGACGAAUCAUACCUUCCAAUGAGGCGGGCAGAGACGAGCGCAGACGAGUCUUACGACCCUAUGAAGCGCGCCGAAACCAGUGCCGACGAGUCUUAUGACCCCAUGAAGCGCGCUGAAACCAGCGCCGAUGAGUCUUAUCUUCCCAUGUAGACAAACUCACGUCAAGAUGGGUUCUGUUGGCUUUCGAGUCUCUCAACUCCGAUAUGAGUCUGAGAAAGUGAGCCCAGCCCAGAGAGAAUGAGGCUCAAGAUUAGAGGCUCGGGAUCGAUCGCGAAUACUGGGUUGGUGGGGCGCAGCGCCAUAUUUACGUUGGCAUUUCUCUCCAGAACGAGAAGUGUUGAAUGACUGCAAC